AUGCCAAUCAUUUUCCUCCGAGCGACAACUCUACAAUUGACUUGUCAAAUGACAGAAUACAACGUCAUAGCAGUGAUUCUUGUUCCGCUAAAGCUCUUAAAAGGGAGAGUAGCUGAUGCGAUGAAUAAUUCAACAAUACGAACAUCAUUCAUCACAUCGAUCGCGACAUCAAUAACCAAGACUGAUUUUCCAACGAUAACAACAAAAACUUCGUCUACAACGAAUGCGGCAUCAACAACGAAGACCGUUUUCCUAACAAAAACAACAACCACUCCAGCUGCAACAUCAUCUCUUUGCACCGACGAUAGCGAUAAAAGUUUAUUUGACAACGAGUUUCUGUAUUCGCCGACGUCACAAACAUAUGCAACUGGUCUAUUGAAUGGUCAAUUCGGUGUGUAUAAAACAGAUGGAUACGGAAAUGUCACCUCAACUUCGAUUUGGCUUGCAGAACAAAAAUCAAAACUGGGAGUCGAGCUAAAACUUCAAAGAGACCGUAGUCUGAUUGUUUAUGCGCCUGGUGUAGCUAUAUGGGGUAGUGGUACUCAUAAUGGAGGUGACGGAGGACCAUUCUGCUUGGUAAUAUCGGAUAUGGGUCAUUUACGGUGGAUUAAUGCGAAGAAAGAAAUUCUCUGGAAACCGAAGGAACUCCAAUAUAAACAAACAAAUAUAUGUUGUCCGCAAUAA